AUGACCGUAAAGAGAGCGCGGCGGAAUCCACCGCCAUUGCGAGAGCAGGAUGAGGAAGAAGAUGUUGAAGUUGCUGCACAAGGAGCUGCACAAAGAAAUAAUAUUCUAGGACAAGGCAAGCCGUGGUACAGAUUUCGGUGCCAUACCAAAUCUCUGCUAGAUGUUAUUAAUUACUGGAAGGAAGAGCCAAGGUACUAUGAAGCAUGCAAGAAAGAGUUGGAGAAGGCUGGAUUUGGAGGGUUAUUGGAGCUUCGAUUGGCAAAUUUUCCUAAGAAGUUGUUCGAUUCCUUGAUGGCACAGUACGAGUUGGUCACCAGUUCAUUCAUUUUCGGUGAAGGGGAGAACAAGAAGGUGCUUACAAUCGAAGCUGAGGAUGUUGCCCGUGUUUACGACCUUCCUAUUGGUGGAGCUGAGAUUGAUGUCGUUAGGUCUAACGACGAGAUGCUUGAUAUGUUCAUGGAGAAGCUCAACAUCGAGUGUAAUCGAAGUCGAAAUGUCGAAGUCAUGCAUCUUAGAGAGGCAACCUGUGGUGGUCCAGAUGAUGCACCGAACAGGAGACCACCUGUUGCAGCCGCAGUUAAGCAGUUUUUGUUGCUGGCUAUGGGUUCGAUGCUCGUCCCAAAGAUGUCACGACUUUGUGAUCUCGAUUAUGCUGAGUACCUUGUUGGAAGGGUGGAAGACAUUGGCACCCCAGAUAAAACCAUGUAUCUUCCUGUCAAUAAGAUCACAAAUCAACUGGGGAAGAAGAGUGGUUUGCAUAGCAUACGUGGGCAAGGAGUUCAAAACUGA